CAAAUUCAACAAAAGUUCAGCAGUCAAUAUCGUCAGGAUAAAAAAUAUUUAUUGCGCGAUGCUUCCACAAUGGAUAAUAAAGGGUGUUAAAUUUGCAGUGCGAUUUACUGUUCUCUUAGGGUAUAUAUGUUUAGCCAGGAACCAGUACGGAACCAUAUCAGUGGUAGGGCCAGCGUUUGUGAACAGGGAGGUUACAUUGAAAACGAGACCGUUCUACCCUUGGGUGUGUGAAGUAGAAUGGAAUUACAGAAUGGAAGGCGGCGAACAAUUUCAAACAAUGAAUGGGACACAUGCUAAAAGAUAUUUGGAGGAUGGUUCAUUCUUUUUGAAAUGGCAGACGUCUGUUGAAUACAACAGAUCUGAGUUCUACGCCGGAUGUUCAACAAACGCAACAAUGAAAACACGCCUAAUAUCUUUAAACUUGAAAGAAAUUGUUGGACAAUGUGGAGCACUUGUGAUAUUACCCCCGGUAGUACGCGGCGCGGACGUAAAGCUUGGAUAUUUUCCGUCUGACUAUUCUCUACGGCAUCAACUAAGCACUAGACGAACAUGGAAGAAAAAUUUAGAUAACAUAGAGUUACGAGAAGGCUCUUACGAAGAGGAAAUAGUUUCCGAAUAUUUGUACAUAUUGACUGUAUUUAACUUAGAAAAACGGCAUGAGGGGUCGUAUAUUCUAUUUUGUUAUUUAGAUUUCAACACGGAUUCUGUGAAGCUUUAUAUUCCAGAGCCACCGAGUUACCCAGUCCUCGGCCCAAAGUCCGCUGACUUUAAUACAACAGAAUGUAUUUAUUUUUAUGGAGAUUCCGGUAUAUAUUGCAAGACUGAAAAUGGAACAGAGCCUGUACAAAUCAAACUUUCAUUUGGACAAAAUUCUUUUGUUCUUGCUGAAAGUAAAGAAAACAAAGAGGAAGGUAGCACGCCCUUGCUAACAGUUCCGAAACACCUUAAUGGGGAAAGCUCUACGUCAAUCUGUGAAGUGCGCAAUGCUAUCCCAGCUCCGGAAAUACAAAUUCUUGUCGGCAAAGAUUUGAUAUCUGAAAUUCAACAAACUGAUUCAUUUAAUGGAUCUUCUCAUACUUUUACAAGCACAGCUAAAAUCCGCCGUCAAACAUUUCAAUGUCCGUCAAAACAAAACAAGAAGAAGAAAACGAUAGUGAUAUAUGUUUCAUAUACCUUUCUUGUGAAACGAAUGAAUCAAAUCCACCUUGCUCCAUUGAAUGGUCAAGCAACAGGGAUGGCUUAA